AUGAACGAAUAUUACUUCCACAAGUUUCUAGUCACCGACCAAGUCUUUUUCAAAUCAAGGCACUCUUUUGCAUUGGUCAAUCUUAAACCAAUAGUCCCAGGCCAUGUCUUGGUAGUGUCUAACCGAAAUGUUCCAAGACUCAAUGACUUGACAGAUGAGGAGUCCAUUGACUAUAUGUCAUCAAUCCGAAAGGUGGCAAAGUUCAUCACUCACCAUUAUAAAAGCGAUGCCCUCAAUAUAGCAAUCCAAGAUGGAAUUGCCCUGGGUCAGUCGGUACCACAUUUGCAUACCCAUAUAAUACCUCGAUACUCUGUCAAUAAUUUUGGGGAUGCUAUUUACGGCAAACUAGAAACAUUCAGCCUUGAGAUGAAAAAACUGGCGUUGAGGCAGGAAUUAGAGAAACUAGAGUCACUUGGUGAGGGCCAUGAUGAUGAAUGGGUCUCUCAAGAUGAGAAGCGGUAUCCUAGAAGCGAUGAAGUGAUGAGAGCAGAAGCCAAUGAAUUAGGGAACUCAAUGAAACUGUUCUACAAAAACAUCAAUUAA